GGGAGCGGGUGAGCUGGCUGAAGCCACGAGUCUCGAGGCUCCCCCAAGGGGGCAGCAGUAGCGGCGGCGGCGGCGCUCGCGACUUCCUCACUCUCCAGAGAAGGAUGCAUUAGGAGCCAUGGGCGUGGGUGCGAACGGAGAAGGCGCGCGGAGGGAAAGAGAAAACCGUACCGAAGCAUGCAGCGCCAGGAUAGGAACCCAGCGAGUAGAUGCACCUGCGCACGAAAGCGAGCGACUCGGGCGCCUGCGCCGCAGCCGCGGGAAGGCCCGCUAGGGCGGCGGGGAGGAUUUCAGAAGUCCGGCGGCGCGUUGGAGCCGCUGUAGGGCGGCGGGGGCGCGCGGGGCUGAAUGGAAGUGGUGGCUCUGGGGAAUAGUGGAAGCCGCGCGCGGGGUAGGAGGGGCGCGCGCCACGAGGGGGCGACGCGCGUGCGCGCCGAGCUGGGACGGGUCCCGAGAAGCUGUCACUGGCUCUGUUGCCGCCGCUGCCGCUUCAGACUUUCAGUCGCCGGCCACUGCGGCUAGGAAAAAGGGAGUCGCGCGGGGCGGGAUUCCGACAGGCAAACACGAGCCGGGACCCGGGGGGUGGGGGGGGGAGGGUAGCGCAGCCUCCUCGGGCCUAAGCUGCCCUAAAGAUCCCGCGUAGGGGAAGAGCGGGCCGGCCGGCCCUGGGGAAAACGAAGACAGUCGGGGAAGGAGGCGGCGGUCCAGGGCCCGGCCGCCACCCCGAUCAAGGAGGAGCAGGAGGAAGUGGGAGAGGAGGGGACCAUGUUACCAAGGAGCCGCCAGAAAAUAUCCACCACCGAACGUUUCGUCAAAGCUGUUCCUUUUCCUCCAACUCAGCGGCUCACAAUAAAAGAAAUAUUUGAAAAUGGGAAACCUAGACUUGAUAUCUUGAGAAACCACUUGAUAAGGGAAGGUCGACUAGAUGAAACAGCAGCCUUAAAGAUAAUCAGUGAUGGAGGUGACAUUCUGAAAGAUGAAAAGAAUAUGAUAGAAUUGGAAGCACCUAUCACAGUAUGUGGUGACAUUCAUGGGCAAUUCUUUGAUUUGAUGAAAUUAUUUGAAGUUGGAGGAUCACCUGCUAACACAAGCUACCUCUUCCUGGGAGACUAUGUGGACAGAGGCUAUUUCAGCAUAGAGUGUGUACUCUACUUAUGGAGUUUAAAGAUUCAAUAUCCUAAAACCUUUUUUCUGCUUCGAGGCAAUCAUGAAUGCAGACAUCUCACAGAAUACUUCACCUUCAGACAGGAAUGUCGAAUCAAAUAUUCUGAGAAGAUAUAUGAGGCAUGCAUGGAUACAUUUGAUUGUCUUCCUCUUGCUGCCCUCUUAAACCAGCAGUUUCUGUGUGUACAUGGAGGACUAUCUCCAGAAAUCAGCUCUCUAGAUGACAUUAAGAGAUUAGACAGGUUUAGGGAACCUCCAGCUUUUGGACCAAUGUGUGACCUGCUUUGGGCGGAUCCCUUGGAAGAUUAUGGAAGUGAGAAGACCACAGAGCAAUUUAGCCACAACAGUGUCCGAGGGUGCUCCUACUUUUUCAGUUAUUCUGCAGUUUGUGAAUUUUUGCAAAACAAUAGUUUGUUAUCAAUAAUCAGAGCCCAUGAAGCUCAGGAUGCCGGGUAUCGAAUGUAUAGGAAGACCCAGACAACAGGAUUUCCAUCACUCAUUACCAUUUUCUCUGCCCCAAAUUACCUAGAUGUCUAUAACAACAAAGCCGCUGUACUGAAAUAUGAAAACAAUAUCAUGAACAUCCGACAGUUUAACUGCUCUCCGCACCCCUAUUGGCUUCCAAACUUUAUGGAUGUUUUCUCAUGGUCUUUGCCCUUUGUUGGGGAGAAAGUCACAGAAAUGCUAGUUAGCAUUCUCAACAUAUGCUCUGAUGAUGAAUUGAUUUCAGAAGAUGAGGAAGUUCCAGAAGGAAACACAGUAAUUCGUAAGGAGAUCAUCAAAAAUAAAAUUAGGGCUAUUGGAAAGAUGGCACGAGUGUUUUCAGUUCUUCGAGAAGAGAGGGAAAGUGUGCUGACUCUCAAAGGGCUGACUCCUACAGGUACUCUGCCUCUGGGUGUCCUUUCAGGAGGAAAACAGACUAUUCAGACAGCCACAAUGGAACUAGUAGAGGCACAACAGCAAGCCCUCCGAGGGUUCCCAGCACCACACAGGAUCCGAAGCUUUGAAGAAGCUCGGGGCCUGGACCGGAUUAAUGAGCGCAUGCCCCCCCGGAGAGAUAAAUCAUAUCUCAUUGGGCCGAGGUUCUCCUGGAUGAUGAAUUACAUGCCUGUUGCCUGGAGAUUGCCUCCUUUUUCCUGCUUUUUAUUAUGUUAAUGAAAAUAGUGGGAAAAUGUUAUUUAUUGGCAGAAAUAUUUCACUUUCUUUUUUGUGAACAAGGAAUGAAUUUGUUAGAACUGUUUUAUUAUAAAUGGGAAGUCAUCAUAAAGGGGAGGGAAAAGACCAAAAAAAAAAUUCCCAUCCUUAAGAUUAAACAACUUCAUUGGUU